CUCUUAAUAAGUCUCCAGAAUCUAUGCUUCAAAUACAAACAUAACAAGAAGAAGAAGAAAGAAAGAACAAAAACUUAUCUCUUUUGGUUAUCUCUUUGUCUGAAUUAAAAAAAAAUGGAUCCUACUUUGAAUGAUCAUCAAGAGUUGGAACAAAUCGAAGCUAUUGAUGAUCUUCUUGAAGAUUUCUGGUUCUUUGAUAACUUACUUGACAGAAGAUCAAGAAUCUUGAGGUACUGCCAUUCAGAUCCUUACCCUCUUUCUCCUUCUUCCUCUUCCUCUUCCACUUGUCUGAAACCCGAUUUCUCGAAAAUUGGAGAUUCGGAUUCAGACAAGAAGCUUCUAAAUGCUCCCACCGAGGGAGACUCGGUUCAACUACCGUGUAUAGUGAAUAAAAAAGGUGGAAGAGAGCCUGAGAAGAUAAACAAGAUGAGAAGGCAGUUCUCUGAGAAGCUUAGGGUUCAAGAACGAAGAGCUUACUUGCAAAAGAAGGAACCUAUGGUUCGAGAGAAGGGAAUUAGAGAAAGCUCUAAAAAGAACAGAACUGGUAUUAAUAGUAGUUGUAAUAACAAUAGUGUCCAGUGUUGCCCGAUGGGAGGGAGUUUACAGAGAACUCAGACGUUACCUAGUUACAUAGGAAGAGAAGAUCUCGGAAAUGAGUUUCAAGAAGAGAUUGACGAUUCGAGAAUGGGGUUCUUGAUCCGUGAAGCCAUCGCUAGCUCUUCUUCAGGGUUUACUCCAACAAAACAGAACACACCAAAGAGUUCAAGCAUUCCAAGGCCUAGACCACCGAGACACUCACGAUCAGAAGAUGCUAUUCAAGAGAUGGUCGUCAAGUCACAAAGAAACCCAAGUCGUAAAACGCUGCGUAAGACGUUAAGCAGCGUUGAUACGAAAGAGCUUCUGAUGUUGAAGGACUUGGACAUUGAUGAGUCGGAGAGGAAACAAGAAAAAGAUGACGAAGAACAGAGGAGGGUCCCACGCGCAGCCGUGAAAAGCCGGUCUGCAGCGGUGGUGGGUCAGCCGAUUCCAGUGUGGGUUCCAAAGGAGUCAAGAAGAGAUAUGAAAGCUCAAAUCAAGUUCUGGGCUCGAACCGUGGCAAGUAAUGUUCGACAAGAAUGCUGAAAACAUCAUUUGUUUUCCUUUGACAACAAAUGAUUAUAAAUAUAACCCUCUUUUCUAUAUUAUUCGUUCCUUA